AUGCAGGACAGCCAUCAUACCAGGCAAGUCCUGUGUUUUUCUCUGUAUUUUUGCAUUGGUGUUGUGGUGUGUGAGUCUUUGCACUAUUCAGUGCCCGAGGAAAAGAGAAGUGGGUCUUUGGUGGCAAAUGUGCUAAAGGAUUUGAAAGUGGAUGUGAAGGAGCUUUCUGCUCGUGGUGCUCGGCUAAUUUUUGAAGGCACCAAGCCAUAUUUCCAGCUGGAUCCUCACUCUGGGAAUGUGAUUUUACAAGACAGAAUAGACAGAGAAGUUCUGUGUGGUCAGAAGGACCCUUGCGUCUUACUCUCAGAGAUUGUGCUGGAAAACCCCUUGCAAGUGCAUAGAAUGGAAGUUGAAAUAGAGGAUGUGAAUGAUAAUCCCCCCCAGUUCUCUAAAAAGGAAUUCCUUUUUGAAAUGCCUGAGCAGACACCCAUGAACACUCGAUUUCUUUUGGAGACUGCAAAAGAUGCAGACAGAGGAGAAAAUACUGUUCAGAACUAUACACUUAGCUCUAAUGACCAUUUCAGGCUGGAUGUGCAAAGUCGCAGAGAUGGUAGCAAAUAUGCAGAAUUAGUAUUACAAAAGCAAUUAGAUCGCGAAGAGAAUGCACAGUUUUUCUUGAUCCUGUUUGCUGUUGAUGGAGGAAUCCCAAAGAGAACAGGCACAGCAAACAUUUUCAUAGAUGUUCUGGAUGCCAAUGAUAAUGUGCCACAAUUUGGUCAUUCUGUGUACAAAGUGAAACUAAUGGAAAACAGCCAGGCAGAGACACUUGUAAAUAGAGUGGAAGCAACCGACAGAGAUCUUGGUUCCUAUGGGGACAUCACUUAUUCCUUCAGCCAGGUGCCAGAAAAUGUGCUUAGGUCAUUCAAUUUAGACAAACAAACUGGGGAAAUUACUGUUGCAGGGACAAUUGAUUAUGAAAAGGACAGAAGUUAUGAGAUAGACAUCAAAGCCACGGAUGGAGGGGGGCUCUCUGCUUACUGCAAAGUUAUUGUGGAGGUUGAGGAUAGAAACGACAAUGCCCCAGAGGUGACCCUCACAUCCAUCGCCAGCCCCCUACCAGAAGAUUCUCCCCCAGAUAAGGUGGUGGCCCUUUUCCGUGUCACAGAUCAAGACUCUGGAGAUGCUGGCAGAACUGCUUGCACUAUGGAGACAAACUUACCAUUUGUAUUGAAAGCAUCUGUGAAUAAUUACUACCAAUUGGUGACCCAGCAACCCCUCGACAGAGAAAAAGCGUCAGAGUACAACAUCACCAUCACAGCCACAGACUGGGGCUCUCCCAGGCUCACUUCAAUAACAAUAAUUAGUGUCCAAAUAUCAGAUGUCAAUGACAAUGCUCCAGUAUUUGAGAAGUCAUUAUAUGAAAUGCAAAUACGAGAAAAUAAUAUUCCAGGUCUGCUGAUCGGAUUGGUGCAGGCUGAUGACCUGGACACAGAGCGGAAUGCCAAAGUGACGUAUUCACUUUUACCUGGAAAGGUCAGUGAUCAACCCGUGUCCUCUUUUGUCUCCAUCAACUCAGAAACUGGGAAUCUGUAUGCCAUUCGAUCUCUGGACUAUGAGCAGAUAAAAGAUUUCCAGGUGUCUGUGAGGGCUGCAGACAGUGGUUCUCCUCCCCUGAGCUCCGAAGUUAAGGUCCGAGUUGUCAUUGUGGAUGAAAAUGAUAAUGCGCCGUUCAUCCUGUACCCUCUUCAGAAUGGUACUUCCCCAUCCAAUGACCUGGUUCCCAGGGAGGCAGAGGCUGGUUACCUGGUCACCAAGGUGGUAGCAGUGGACAGAGAUUCUGGCCAGAACUCUUGGCUUUCCUAUGAGCUCCUAAAGGCCACAGAACCGGGUCUGUUCAAUGUGGGCACCCAGAAUGGAGAAGUGAAAACCUUGAGACCAAUUAACCAACGAGAUACCUUCAAACAGAAACUUAUCAUCAGAGUGAGAGACAACGGGCACCCUCCCCAGUCCACCUCUGCAACACUAACUAUUCUACUAGUGGAUGGCUUUUCUGACCCUUACAUGAAAAUGGUGGAUAUCCCGAAGGAUGAAGUGGUCAAGGAGGAAGACCGCACCCUGACUCUGUAUCUGGUCAUAUGCUUGGCUGCCAUCUCAUUCAUUUUUCUGAUUUCUGUGGUGGUGUUUGUUGCCGUCAAGAUUCACAAAAGGAGAAAGUUCAUGGAGAGCUCAGCUCUGAAUUUCCCUGUGGGACCAAAUUUCCAGGAGAACUGUGGAGAUGCUGGUGCUGGAUCCCUUUCCCGGGCUUACAAUUAUGAGGUGUGCUUAGCUGGAGGAUCUCUGAGCAGCGAGUUCAAGUUUCUCCGUCCUCUCUUUCCUGUGUUUUCGGUGGAGCCUCCUCAAAAUCAGGGGGGUCAAAGGAUUUCAACUGCUUCCCAAGAAGUUCCAAGUUAUGUCGAAAAAAGUGAGCGCAUAAACCAGGUGAGAAUAAUUAAUUUAAUGUAA